AUGCUCUACAAAUGCCCACAGGACGUCCCUCACCAUGCAGCAUCCCGCAUGCGGACGGACCAACUCAACGUUCAGGAGGAAAGGCUCGGGGGCAUUGCUAGAUCUAAACUCUGUUUCUCAGGAAAACGGGAAGCUGACAACCCUGCCAGGCACAGGUAUCUGCUCGGGGCAGUGGGCUGGAGCUCGGCGGCCGUGCUGGGAGUGCUGGGGGUGGCUGUCUUCCUCCUGGUCCUGUCCCCGGUGAAGGAUGCUGCCCUUCCCAAGCAGAAUAAAUACGGUCUGGUGUUUGACGCUGGCUCCACACACACAUCUCUCUACAUCUACCGGUGGCCCGCGGACAAGGAGAACAGCACUGGCAUCGUCUCCCAGGUGGAGACCUGCGCUGUGUCUGGACCCGGCAUCUCCAGCUACGCAAACAACCCGGCUGGGGCUGGAGCCAGCCCGAAGCCCUGCCUGACGGCAGCCUCUUGCUGUUAGCCCUGCUCCAAAAGCUCCCCAGCCAUUGCCUCCUCCACCAUGUGGUCUUUAUCUCCUUCCCUGGGCAGGGAGCAGAACGACACCAAGGCCAAGCAGGUCUUCGAUGAGGUUUCCAAGGCCAUUGGCGAGUACCCUGUGGACUUCCGCGGAGCUCGGAUCCUCACGGGGAAUGAGGAGGGCUCCUUUGGCUGGAUCACCGUCAACUACCUGCUGGAGACCCUGGUCAAGUGCUCCUUCACAGGCCAGUGGACCCACCCGCCGGCAGAGGUUGUGGUUGGAGCUCUGGAUCUUGGUGGAGCUUCAACCCAGAUCACGUUCCUUCCCGAGACCACCAUAGCUGACAGCAGCACGAGAGCCCUCCUCAGGCUGUACGGGACCAACUACUCCAUUUAUACCCACAGCUACCUCUGCUAUGGGCAAAAGCAAGCCCUGAAGAUGCUGAUGGCAUCCUUACACCAGGGCAGCCCACCUUCCCAGGAGAUAUCACACCCCUGCUACCCCAAGGGAUACCAGGAGAACAUCACCACGGCAGACCUCUACAACAGUCCCUGUGUCCGUGCACCAAGCACGCCCAGCCCUGCACAGGUCCUCAGGGUGACAGGCACAGGGAACCCAGCCGCGUGCAGCACUGCCAUCCAGAAGCUCUUCAACUUCAGCUGUGGGGCCAACAGGAUGUGCGGGUUCAACGGGGUUUAUCAGCCACCUGUGCGGGGACAGUUCUUUGCCUUUUCGGGGCUUUAUCACACCUUUCACUUUCUGAACCUGACUGGAGGGCAGUCCCUGAGCUCGGUCAAUGCCACCAUUGGGCAAUUCUGCAACAGCAGCUGGCAGAAGGAUUUCCCCACCAUGAACAGGACCCACCUCCGCGACGCCUGUGCCAGCAGCUCCUAUGCCCUCACCCUUCUCCUGCAAGGCUACAAAUUCAACGACACGACAUGGCUUAAUAUCCACUUUGUCCGGCAGGUCACUAACGUAGAUGUGGGCUGGGCUCUGGGCUACAUGCUCAACCUCACCAACAUGAUUCCCUCCGAGGCUCCCCCGAGAGUCAUAGGGCUCCAGAGGAGCAACUGGAUAGCAGCCACGGUUUUACUGGCCAUCAUGCUCAUCCUCAUCUUCUGCCUGCUCACAGUCAUAUGCUGCCAGAAAAACUCUGGUUAUGAGAGGCUCUAGCAGCGCUGGCU